AUGACCGCUCAGUUUCUCACCAACGAGCUCACAAACCUAGUGCAAGAGGCGAAACGGAAGAAUUCGGAUCUGAGACAUGCUGCGGAGAAAUCGUUGUCGGAUCUAAAGUCGCUGAGUCCCUUAGCUGAGGUAGCUGCCGAGCUAUCUACGAAACCGGGAUUUCUGUCGCCGUUCUUGAUCGCCUGUGGCACUCGGAAUGCGAAGUUCAGUACCAUCGGGGUGGUGUGUCUACAGCGAUUGAUUCUUUCAAGAGCUCUUGCAAAGUCGAGAUUGCGAGAAGUUUUGGAAGCGUUCAGAGAAGCUGCGAAUCUGGGUGUCGAGAUCCAGCUCAAGAUUCUACAAGCGCUACCACCGCUAUUGCAAAACUAUGCGGAAGACCUGAAUGGAAAUCUCCUUGGAGAAGCACUGCUAAUAUGCUCGAUUCUUCAAGGGAGUAAGAUGGGCGUUGUUAAUAAUACUGCCGCCGCAACACUAUCCCAGAUCGUAAUUUCCAUAUUCGAUAAAGUAGUCUCAGAAGAUGAGCGUUUAACAGAAACCGAUAUUCACACUGUUGGCGAGGCACCUUGCGAUGAUGGCCUUAUACCUCUCCGUCCUGCAGCAUUUGAUGCAUAUCGUGUCUUUUAUGAUCUUUGCCUCCUCACAGAAGGCCAUCGUCCUCAAUUUCUCCGUUUCAAUGUUCUUCCACAGCCCUUCGGACUAGAACUUAUAGAAUCAGUUCUUACCAACCAUCCGGACAUUUUCCUAACGCACCCAGAACAGGCAUAUGUUCUGAAGACAAGAGUUUCACCACUCAUCAUUCGUUCUUUAGCCGAUAGGCUCAACUUCCCAACAACAGUAAGAAUCACUAGGGUACUUUAUAUUCUUCUAAGAAGACAUCUUAGUAUUCUCAGUCUUGAAUGCGAGGACGCGUUGAACCUUCUCACGCAGAUGCUAGACCCUGACGCUAGUGCACCUUGGAAACGUGCCCUCUGUAUGGAAGUCUUCCGUGGAAUCUGCUCAGAGCCUACCCUUGUCCGUAAAAUAUUCGCCACUUAUGAUGCUGUGGAGGGGCGCAAACCCAUCAUGAAAGAAUUGAUGGGCGCGCUCACGCGUCUUGCAACUGAACGGCCUAGCAUCAUAGGCCUGGGUUCACAAUCCACAGUUCCAGUUGGUGCACAGGCACUCAAAGACCUUUCCUCCGAGCAAGCUGCAUUAGAAGCGGGUGGAGUUGCUGGAAUUAUCGGUGGUGCAGUUGGGCUUGGGGAAGUCCAGGUUGCGGGAUUGAGUACACAGUGGAGUUUAGUUAGGGUCCCGUGUAUUGAUCAACUUGAUAAAAGUGAGCCACCCGCUAUGCCAGAGAGUUAUGUCUAUUGUCUCGGUUUGACUUGUGUCAACCUAUUCUGCGAGGGGCUUGCAAAGUUUAUCCUUCCACUCACUAUUCCCGGCGGCGAAAGUAAAAGCGGAGGUUCCAAACGGCGGGGUCGAGGCAUGCUUCGGACUGGAACUGUGUCUCUCGUGGUAGCCCCCGGGAGCGAUAGUGAAGCAGCCGAAUCACCGAGGACUCCCAGCCCGACGGCGACAAAGGGUGCGGUUCUAAAACGCAAGCCAGCCCCAAGAGUGCACCGAAUCCCCAUUAACCCACUCACACUUGAGAACCAUCCUUUGGCCGCGGAAAUUACGAUUUCUGCUGCGAUAAUGGAGGCUUGUUGGCCAGCAGUCCUGGCAGCGUGCUCUACCUUUUUGUAUGCGACUUUAGAUAAUGAGUUUUACCAUGGGCUCGUAAGGAGCUUUCAGAAAUUUACGCAUGUGGCUGGGUUACUGCGACUUACGACGCCGAGAGAUGCAUUCCUGACAACGCUGGGCAAGGCAGCAGUUCCGAGUAAUGUUAUUUCUGCCAACGUUGACGGUAGCGGUAGCAGUACUGCUGGAUCCAAGGGUUUACUCAGUGUUGAUGCUGAACGUGGAGCUCCUAGUCCUGGUCUAAGGGAAGAGACAGCAGUUGGACUUAAUAGCCGGAACUUGCUAUGUCUCCGUGCAUUGCUAAACCUUGGUAUUGCCCUCGGUCCAACCUUGGAAAAAAGCUGGAGUAUCCUCCUUGAAACCCUCCAGGGUGCAGAUUAUGUUCUCUUUGCUUCUUCGAGGAAAAAUGGGCGACAGAUAUCACUCUCGGCACCAGGAGGAGGGUUAUCAAGAACCGACUCAAUGAAGGCUGAGCACCAGGGAACCCUCAUGACAAAUGUCGGUCCUGAACUCGCUGCCGUUGAACUCGCAGCAGGGAAAAUGUUCGAGUCAACUCGUGACUUUCCCGAUGAUGCGUUUAUGGCCAUUCUUGCUGCAAUGUGUAAACUUAGUGACGGCGAGAGCGAAUCAGGCGGUCGGGCAAGUGUGGAGAAGCCCCGCUCUCCGGCCUUUCCUGGCGGCCACAAAAGGAUCGGGAGUGUGUCGUCCUUUUCGUCUCAGGCUGUGGUCACAGAUAACGCCUUUGCGCUUGCAAAGCUCGGCGAGCUGGCAAUGAUAAAUAUGUCACGUCUCAUUGGCCCCAAUCCCGCAAGCACAGGUUGGGACCUUCUUGCGACCCAUCUUGCUACUGUAGCUGGGAGCAGGGACCGCGGAAACCCAAUUCGUAUGAAGGCCGCAGAGGUACUGAACGAGGUUGUAGUCGCAGCGGCAAAGACGGUUGGGCUAGAGAGCACAGAGAACGUAGCAGAGGUACAGAGGAGGAUUCUAACGGCGUUGAGAGAGGGUGUCCGAGGCGGUGAGGGUGUGGCACCAGACGGAGGAGUCAGAGCCACAGAGGCAGAGAUUGUGCGGAUGGGCUUGGAAGCGUUAAACGCGAUACUUGAGCAUUCGGGACAGAGUCUGAUCGCUGGAUGGGAGAUUGUGUUUGAGAUAAUCACGGGCGUAUUUGAUUCUAGCAUAGUAUGGCGGCGGGAUGCGGCCCUGCCAGUGGAAGAUGCGCAGCAGGAAGGAGCCAAAAGCACAAAGAGUCCAAAGCUUAUUCGGGGCUCUUUCAGCUCGCUGGAGCUCAUCUGUAGCGACUUUCUGGCAAAUCUGCCGACGAGCUGUGUGCUUGUGCUUAUUGAUGCGCUGUUUGCGUUUUGUAGCCAGAAGGAUGAUCUGAAUAUAUCACUAACGACGAUAACGUUUUUCUGGAACGUGAGUGAUUAUUUGCAGACGAAGGGCGGGGGUGCUGAAGGGGGCUCUGUGGGCAGGGCGGAGAAGGAAGAGGAUUUACUGGAGAUUGUGGAAAAGGGAGAGGGAGAUAGCCAUAGUGCGUUGUGGAUGUUGCUGUUGCUGAGGCUGACGGGGGUGAGUGGUGACCGGAGAGCAGAAGUACGGAACGGCUCAAUACAAACGCUAUUCAGAAUAUUCGAUACCUACGGGCAUCAACUUGGUCCGCAGGCGUGGAGCUCUUGCCUGAAGAUUGUGGUCUUCAAGAUGAUGGGGAUCAAUCCAGCACCAGCACCCACUGGCUCUGACGUUGGCGUCAAAGCAAAAACGAGUGAAUUCAAGCAAUGGGACGAUACAAUCAAUCUCGUCCUCAGCGGAAUUGGAACAUUGUACUCAAACUACUUUGAUAUCUUUGCGCAGCAAUCCGAGUUCCGAAACACUUGGAGCGUUUUCAUCCACUACCUCGAGAAUCUCCUCUCCCGGCGGAGCUUUGAGGUCAACACAAAUGUCUUUACAGUGCUCAAGCAUGUCCUUGAGAAAGUCUCUCAGCCCGAGAAACUAGACCAAGCAAACCGCGAAGAUGUCUGGCGCAUGUGGAGCGGCCAGGGCAUCAAGCUCGUUGAAGGAAACGUCGAGACCUCCCGCACAGGUAUCCAAGAGACUCUGACAGCAUAUGUGGACUCCUUUAAGCCCCUUUACCGGCUUCUCGAGCCUACUCUCGACGCAGAGAUGGCAGGCCGUACACUCGCUAUAAUGCGAGAGUGCAUCAUCUUCCCCGAUGCGCCCUCAUACUUCCAAGAUAUUGACAUCCUCACGCCCCUGCAAGCCGUCAUCCUCGAGGUCGUGCAACUACUACGAACCGACAUUCCGGACGUGCCCAGCUUGGUUCUGAAGCAGAUAUCAGAGUUCAGUACAGUCGCAUACGACACCAACCUACAUGCAGGUAUCGACAAGAAGGGCGUGCGCAUCCCCACCUAUAUUGCGCUGGCGACCCAGAGUAUGAAGAUCAUUGAGACGGUAACAUUGCAGCACAUUGAGAACCGAGAGAUAUAUUCUAGCGGCGCCCUAAAGAGCGUUCUGGAGGCGCUAGGUGUGCCUAUUAGCCUCAAAUACAAUUUCGCACCGCAAACAACGAGCUCAGUUAAGCGGCCUAGUCAGUGGAUACCCGCGACUACAGUCGUGUUAAGGAUCUUGACCCGCGCACUGGCGGCUAUGGAUUCGCUGGAGAUUGCCGAGGAGAAGGUGUGGGAGCUAGUGAUACAGAUCAUUGGCUCUGUUGUCUCGGCGGACACGACCAGCGGUGUCGGUGAGGUGACGCUACAAAUGGAUGAGGAUUUCGAUAUUAGCUCCUUUAAGCAACUUAGAGAAUUAGUUGUGCCGCGGCUAGGGAGGUCGGUGGUUCCAGAUAAAGUGGUUAAUGAGUAUGUAAGAAGCGUCGUCAGGAGCUCACUUCUAUAUGGCAUUGGCGACCUUGAUAUGGAUGGAGGGGCGCUAGAGGGGCUGAAGAGACGGCGGCGCGGUAUCACGAGCGAGUUGGUUCUAGAGAGAAGGGUCAGGAUGAGCUACGUCUGUCUCGACGAGCUAUUUGAGCUUUCCAAGAUUGGAAGUGAUGAUUCGCCUGAGUUGCAACGACUUGCUGCCGCCGCCGCACCUUUCCUAGUGCUAAGAGCCGGGCUAGUAUUGCAGCACUACAUCUCUGACCAACCACUACGGGGGCGGAUGCCGCAGCCCGUCGUCCAGCGCAAAGAGAUGCUCUACGUCCUCAAGCGCCUAGUCAACCUUGAGUCCAGCUCGAAAUCCAUCUCAAAAGAAUCCCACCUGCCGCCGUCGACGAAGCAGCACCUGUUCACGCUGUUUCCGCUCAUCUCGCAGUGCAUUGCGGUCGCGCAGGGCGACCAGGAGCUCCUCACGUGGCUGUCGAGGGCGCUGAAUGAGAUGGGGAUGGCGUUUGGUGUUUGUUAG